AGGCGAGCAAGGUCAUCAUGCAGUACGUGGCCGAGGUCUCCGGCAAAGGCAAAGACAUAGACAAAGUCAAGGAACAGUUGCUGCAGUCGAAUCCUGUCCUGGAAGCUUUUGGAAAUGCCAAGACUACCAGGAAUGAUAACUCCUCCAGAUUUGGCAAGUACAUGGACAUUGAGUUUGACUUCAAAGGUGACCCAGUCGGAGGGGUCAUCUCGAAUUAUCUAUUGGAGAAGUCCCGGGUUGCGUCUCAGAGCCAAGGGGAGAGAAGCUUUCACAUUUUCUACCAGCUGCUCUCUGGCAUGGACGAGGAGUCACUGAGUGCAAGAAGAGACCCGGACUAAGGUGAUGGGCGUCCUGGACAUUUAUGGCUUUGAGGUGUUUGAGACAAACAGUUUUGAGCAGUUCAUCAUCAACUAUUGUAACGAGAAACUGCAGCAGAUCUUUAUUGAACUCACUCUGAAGGAGGAACAAGAUGAAUAUGUCAAAGAGGGCAUCGAGUGGAUUCACGUGGAUUACUUUAACAACUCUGUGAUUUGUGACCUGAUAGAGAAGAACAACUUGGGCAUCCUUGCCCUACUGGACGAGGAGUGUCUGCGGCCGGGGAACACGUCUGACCAGACCUUCCUGGAGAAACUGGACGAGCGCUGCGCCAAACACCCGCACUACGAGAGUCGCAAGUGCAAGAAGAACCAGUCGGACAAGUCCCUGCCCCACGACGCCUUCCGGUUGCGGCACUACGCGGGGAAUGUCCUGUACAAAGUGUCUGGUUUCCUGGACAAGAACAACGACCUUUUGUUCCGUGACCUCUCCCAGGCCAUGCACCAGUGCUCACACCCCAUGCUCAUGGAGCUCUUCCCAGAGGGGAGACCAACGGAAAAGUCUCUGAAGAGGCCGGCCACUGCAGGCUCACAGUUUAAGAUCUCUGUGACAGAACUUAUGAAAAAUCUCAGCUCUAAGAACCCCAACUACAUCAGAUGCAUCAAGCCCAACGACUUCAAGAAGGCGCGUGAUAUAGACAUGGAGAUUGUGAGACACCAAGUCCGCUACCUAGGGUUGAUGGAGAACAUCCGAGUGCGGCGAGCCGGCUACGCAUUCCGACAGGUGUACCCACAGUUCCUGUUCCGCUACAAGAUGUUGGCCCCGGAAACCUGGCCCAGGUGGGCUGGUGAGGCGAAAGAAGGAGUGCAGAAGAUCCUGGAGGAGCAGAAUAUCUCCAAAGAGGAAUACGCUUUCGGGAAGACAAAGAUCUUUAUCAGGAACCCCAGAUUGCUGUUUGACAUGGAGGAGAGGCGGCGGGAACGCAUGCACUCCCUGGCCACCCUCAUCAGAGCCACCUGGCUGGGCUGGAAACAGAAGACGUUGUACCGCCGCAUGAGGCUCAGCCAGAUCGUCAUCUCAGCACGCUUCAGGGGAUUCUACGCCAAGAAACAGUACCAGCUGAAGAAGAGAGCUACUCUGCUGAUCCAGUGCUACUGCCGGGGAUGGAAGGCACGAGUCAUCUUGAGGCAGUUGAAACUUGCCAAGAAAAUGGAGGAGGCGGCCACUUUCAUUCGCAAAAUUUAUCUUGGCUGGAAGGCUCGCAAGCUGCUGGCCUCCAUGAAGCACGAGAAGCGAGUCCUGUGGGCCAAUGGAGUCAUCUACAAGUUUUUCCGCGGCUGGAAGGUGCGCCAGGAGUACACGCCAAAGUUCCGGAGGAUCGCCGGGCCCAAGAUCUCUCGCUUCUUCAUUACUGCUUUGAAACGUCAGUACCUGCUAAAGCUACGAGACAGCCUCCCAUCCACUUCGCCCAUCAGCCAAGACUGGCCCAAGCCUCCCAACAGACUCCGGACUACCUCAGAUGAGCUGAGGAGACUGUUCCAUCGGUGGAGGUGCGCCAAGUACAGGGGCCGUCUGGACGAGGCGACCAAGUACAGGCUGAAGGAGAAGAUGGUGGCUAGCAACCUGUUCAAGGGGAAAAAGGAGACCUACCCAGCCAGUGUUGGAGUUCCAUUCCGCGGAGACUAUGUGGACAUCCGGUCCAACAUUAAGUGGCAGAAGCUGUACAAAUCUACGCAGGACAUCUCCGUGGUUUUCGCAGACGCUGUCAAUAAAGUCAACCGGGCUGACGGAAAGAUGGUGAACAAACUGCUAGUGCUGAGCACACAAGCCCUGCUGGUGUUGGACCCUAAGACCUUGGCCCUCAAGUACAGAAUACCUCUCAGCAUGAUACACAAGAUCUCCGUGUCGCCCUUCAAAGACACUCUAUGUAUUUUCCAUCUUCACAAGGCACGACUACCGAGAUUUGAUCCCAUAAACCGCUGGACCAAAAUUCUGUUCUUCGGAGAUCAAGAUGAGAACGGCGACAUGGCCUCCAAGAAGGGCGACUUUAUCUUUAACACCAGCAACGUGAUCGAGGCGGUCACGAAGACACAGAUGGUGGUGCAGAACAACGUGGGCAAGCCCCCAGAGGUUCAAAUCCUGCCUCAGCUGAAUGCCGAGCUGAAAGGAUCCACUGUAGAAGUCUCAUUCAAAAAGACAGAAGGAAGUGCCGCGGUUGCCAACGGAAAUGUGAAGAUAGCCAGGAAGGGCAACCGUCUCCAUGUGAUCGAGUCAUGAUAGUGAAUGGUGAUGAUCAAGAAACGAACGGUGGUAGCGAGGGGUCAAGAGGUCACAUCCGGUCUUUGUUCGCAGAAAGCCUGGGACCGUUCACUCCUCUGUGUAGAAUUUUUUUUUUAAACUCUCUCUCUCUUGUUCUCUGAUUUUGACAUUGCAAGUUAAAGCAGAUCUGUGCCUCAUUAAUUUUGGAGAAGAUAAUGACUGGGAUACAUUUCGUAUCUACGAUUUUUUAAUAAUUUUUUUUUUCUUUUUUUUUUUUUCCAAUCUGUGUAGGGACGAUUCCUCUCGUAAAGCUGUGCAUAAUUGUAUAUCUUGCCCACUGAAGAUACUUUACUUAUUGAUUGAUGCCCAUAGAAGUUUCUUGGUUCUCUGUCGAGGAAUUACUUACGUAUGUUUUUAUUUUGUACUUUGAUCUGUCAGACCUGCCAAGUACUCCGUUAGAAUUGGAGCUAUCCGACUAGUGAUUGGAUUUGCAUAAAAUUUGAAUUUGAUUUUUGUCUUGGAAUUCCAUUUGCAUCGUGAGACUGAUUGAAAAUGAUGUGAAAAUACACAUUUUUAAUUGCAUUUGUUUGCAAUAUUUGCACAACUUAAGAUGUAAGAUGUGAAAAUAUACAUGUUUGUUUUCAGAAUUUUAGUAAAUGAGAUUGAAAAAAAAACCCCCAACAUUUUUAUCUGUGUGUAGGUGUAUUUGCUAUACAUGUUUAUUUGCCACCCUCGGCUUAAUGUGAUCUAAUCUUAUUCUACUGGGAUUCUGGAGUCUCCUGAUUUGUUUUUGACUGAAUUUCUAUUUUUUGGGGGAGGAUUUUGAAGAAAACUCCUAUUUUUAGUGGGAGGAAGAUUUUGUGGGGAGGAUUUUGAGUUAAAUUUCUAUUUGGGGAGGGGAGAUGUUGAGGAAAAUUCCUUUGGGGUUUUUUUCUGGGGGUUUUUUCGUCGGUUUUUUUUUUGUGGCUUUUUUUUGUCGUUUUUUUUUUUCUUUCUCUGGAGUGGUUGGCAGGUCUGAUGAGUCCAGUGGUACUUCUGCCCUUGAAGGUGCCUUGUGUGGUGUCAAAAGGUGAGAGCUGUUUAAUGCCUGCAAGGACUGUCCAUAUCAGAUAUAUCCAUAUCCCUGGUGCAAUUGUACUGUAAGGUUUUUUAUUUUUAUUUUUUAAAUAUUUUUUUUUAGUCUUUUUUUUUGUGUGUAAAUUUACUUGUUUUGAAAUCCAUGACUUUAGCCAGCCAUGAUGUAAAAACACUGUCUGCCAAACCUGGGAAGUGUGGAUGGUUGGCGGGUGCUCUGGUGUGGUUUGCUUCUUCUUUCCUAUCAAACAUCUAUCGUCCUCGUUGAGAGCGCCGUAAAACCUAUACUAAAACUAAACUAAAAACCUGAGAAGUGUUGACUUCCUAGUUGUGCUGUCCCAGUAUCUCCGUCUGUGUCUGCUGGGGGGGUGCUGUUGUGUCCCUUGGAGCCCAUGUCGAAGCAGCCCACCUACUACUAAAUGACCUAACUCAUGUAGAGGGGGCGUAAAACAUUCUUGAGUCACCUGUUGUUGAAGUUUGCUAACUUUCUUACAGAUUUUGCUAAUUUUGUACACCAGGAGCUUCAGGUUAGUUUUUGAUAUGGUUUAUUUCACAUUUCUAAGUGCUUGUAUAUGAAUGAGGGUGUGUUGUGUGCGUACAACAGAGGUGUUGACGCAGUCGGAGAAUGACGCUGAAAUGAUCAAACAAUAUGCGUCAUGCAUUGACUUGUGUUCUGCGUGAUUAUUUAGAAAGAAAUCUCACACACCCACCUGAAAGGGAUUUUGUUUUUUUGUUGAGAAAAACUACACAAGUGGGUACACAGAUCUGACCAGAUGUUGUAAAAUUAUUUUUUAAUGCAUGAUCAACAAUUUUGUUUGUUACGUGUUGAAUAGUUGUCAAAACUUUUCUCGAAACUGUCCAAAAAGAAUCUUUCCCUGCUGUUUAGUAAUUUUGUGACUCUCUGCCUCAAAGUUUAUGCUACUGUUUGCGCCCAUGUUCUGCUUACAUACAAAGACAAGCUACCGGUCUGCAGUAUUGUGCUUUAUCUUACCCAUGAUCCUGCUCUGUUUCCAGAAGUUUUUUCAGAACUAUAAUUUGUAUUUUUUUUUACAGUUUGGUUUACUAAAGAGGAAUUGAUUUUUCCUGGAUUUGGCUGGGUAUAAUUAGACGUGACUUUUUAAAAUGUGUUUACAGUAAGUCAGAACUUUGAUAUCAUAAGCAGAGGCUAGCCCAGGACAGGGAGAGGUGGUAAGUUUUUGUUGGUGACCUACACCCCUGAUCCAAGGUGAGAAAAGCCAGGAUGAGAGAAGCAAUGAUGAUGAUGAUGAUGAUGAUGAUGAAGACAACUUACAUGGAUCAGCAGUUGUGAGGAAAAUCUACCCAACAAAUAUUCGCAUACUUUAGAAUCUGAGGAUCUUCAAUGAUCUCUUGUUUUUCAGUUCAUCUCUCAGUAAAUUUAUAAUUAGAACAACUACUAAAUAGUCUCAUUAUGUUUCAUCACUUUCAUUGAAUUUUCAACAUUUUUUCCAUCAAGAUGUUCCAAUACGUAUUGUGCCAUCGACAUCUUAACUCGAAAUUUUUACUGUAGGUCAGACUUUUCGUGGUAACUCUUCGUAAAGAUCUGAACCAGAUCACUUUUAGACCAUCCUCAAGGCAUUAAAAAGAGCU